AUGGACAACAGAAGACAAGAUCUGCUAGAUUUUCUGCAACAGAUUGAAAAAAAGGAGUAUGAUGAAAACACAGCUGAUGAAAAACUGCUGAAUCUGAUUUUAUUAAACAGAAAAGAUGCUGUGUUACUUCAGUGCUUGUUUACAUCUGAUGGGGUCUCAUUACUCAAAAUGAGUUCACAAUUGCAUUUCCCACUUUGCCAGGAAUACCUGCUUAAGAAUGCACUCUACGAUCCACACGAACUUGCAGAUCAGUGUGAUGUGUUGAGUGAAGCCUGCAAAAAUGGCUACACACAGGUUGUUAAACUUCUGCUACUUAAUAAAGUGGAGAUGUCAAAACAGCCAAUUUGUACACCAGAUUCUCCUUUUUAUCUUGCAUCUUACUAUGGAUACGUCGACAUUCUUCAGCUGAUGGUGGAUUCGAACCCUUAUUUAAUCAGAAAGAGUGUUCGUAAAACACUCUUGUUGGUAGCCUGCAUGGGUGGCCAUUUGGAUGCUGUGAAGUUCUGGUUUGAGUUUCAGGUGCUUCCAUCCAAUGACCCGUGUAUUGGUGAGAAACCAGUUGGGGAAGAACAUCAAUUCAAUCCAUUAUAUGUUGCCUUUAAUGCAAAACACAUGGAUGUAAUUAAAUAUUUGAUUGAUGAAGGAUUUCCUUUGACUGAACAAAUCUGCAGAAAAUUUUCAGAUGUUGUACAAAGAUUUUUACUGAUGGACUAUGAUACCAGUGAUCCACAGCUGGAAAUUAAUUGGCUCCAUUUUCAUUUGCCUCUACUUUUAAAUAACUGGAUGCAACAAAUUAAAACAAAUAUUACAGUGUUAAACAUUUCCUACAAUAAACUCAGUGACCUCCCUCAGUGUCUACCAUGGGAAAUGCCAAACUUGAUCACAUUAAAUGUAUCAAGUAACUGCCUAUCGAAAUUCUCAGGCCCUACAAGUGGUAUCUUAUGUGAAAGCUUGCAAAUCUUAAUCUUGUCUCACAACAAACUGAAAAUGUUAUGCUCUGAAGUUUUCCAAAUUCCUUCCCUGAAAGAGAUUUAUGUCACUAACAACCAACUUGUAUUUCUCACUGAAGACGAGGAACCUUUCCAUGCAAUGGGAAGAUUUUUCAGUACUGAUGUCCCAAGAAAUUGUUCAAAUCUUUCAAUCCUUAACUUGUCCUACAACACACUGCAGAAAUUUCCAAAAGUUUUGCCACAUUGCCAAAAUCUUACCAAAUUCUAUGCCAGCCACAACCAGCUGGGUCACAUUUUAGAUCCUUGGCCUUGUCCUUUGGACACUUUGGAUUUGUCUCACAACUUCUUAACUGAAAUUUCAAGUAGCUUAGAAAACUUUUGGACAUCCACUUUGCAAUAUGUUGACCUCAGCUACAAUAGCCUCAAUGAAAUUAGUGAAAGUAUUGUGCGCCUUCAUUCCUUGAGUGAGCUGAAGAUUUCAAAUAACAAAAUCAAGAUUUUGCCAGACUGCAAUGUUUGGGGCUGUGUUAAUUUGAAGGUUUUAGAUGUUGGAUACAAUUGUCUUGGCCAGGACACUGAAGGUAAACGCAGAUUAAAUAUUUUCAAGCUGAAACCUGCAGACAAAAUAGAAACAUUUGAUUUAGAGAUUCCAGAUUCUAUACUGCAAAGUCUUCGUGAUUUUAAUUUGGAGUCUAAUAAACUGACUAUGGUGCCACCUUCCGUAGCAAAAAUGAAGUCCUUGACCUUUCUCAAUUUGAGCGGAAAUUCAGGAAUCAAAAAACUACCUGAAGAACUUGGCUUAUUGGAAUCCUGCAAAGAAUUUUAUACUGAAGGGCUUGAUGUUGUAAAUGUUCCAAAAGGAAUAAGAGAAGCAGAUAAAAGUGGGAAAGAGAUUCUAACAUUUCUUCAGUAUAAACAACGUAACUCUAAACCACAUUGGUGCAUGAAAUUAUCUGUGAUGGGACCUGAGGGUAAGGGUAAAACGAGUCUGUUAAAUGGUCUGACAAAAGGAAAUGUAAAGAAUCUGAAGACAAGUCCAGGUUUAAGUGCAUGCACGUGGACAACAGAAAGAAAAUGGACAAUAUUUCCUGAAACCAAUUCCAUUCCUUCUAUAACAUUUAAUGUUUGGGAGUUUUCAAAACCUGACAAGUUUAGUGACAUUCACAAUUGCUUCAUUAGUAAAAACAGUUUGUUCUUAUUGGUAUGGGAUAUACGCAAAUCAGUCGAAGAACUGGAACCAUUCCUAAUGAGUAUUGAGGCCAAAGCAAAGCAAGCAGUAGUUAUGUUUGUUGGGACAUUUAUCGAUCAAUUUGCAGGUAACAAAGAAGAGCUCGUCAAAUGUACUCUAUCGCAGAUAAAAUCCCUGUACAACAAACAACAUAUGUCUUUUAUCAUUGCGGACUUAUGGGUAACUUCUUCUCCAGAAAACAUUGGGGUAAAAGAACUUGCUACUGAUAUCUUCAAUGUUGCCAAGAAUAUGAAACACAACAAUCACAAUGGAGAAUUAUUCUUGAGCCGAAAAAUUCCACAAAGUCAUAUUUCCUUAGCAGAAAAAAUCUUGCAAGGUAUUUCAAUAAAUUAUUGCUUUGAAGAUGAAUUUAAAAAGUUUGUUGAAUCGAUGGAAAACAAUGAUAUUGUAUCUCAUGCUGACUUACAGCGAGCUUCAAUAUUCUUACAUGAAAUUGGAGUUCUUCUUUAUCAUCCAAAGUUUGACAAUACUUCUCUCUAUUUCUUCAACCCUGUUUGGCUCUUUGAUUUGCUGGCAAAGAUCUUUAUGGAUGAGCGAUUCAAGACGUGUUUUGGUCAACAAGGUAAAUUAAACUUAAGACGAGCCAAAGCAAUCCUAGACUCGAUUUUACCACGGGAAAGUAAAUUGGAUUACAUUGAUCUCUUGGAAACAUUUGGAAUUGCUUUGAGAAUGGACAAAGAUUUUUUAUUUGUACCUGCUCUUUUGUUGGAUCAUCCACCUGGAAUUGACAUGGGCUGUUCUGAAAACAAUCACAGUAAUAUUUUUCGGAGGCACAAACUGAUCAGAUCAUGGAGUAAAUAUGGAAGUUCACAAAAAUAUUGCCAUACGCAGAUGGUAUACUGGAAGAAAGGGUUAAUUGCCACUUAUAAUAAUGGCAACUUCCAGAUUUGUAUUCAGAAAGAUGGAAUUCUUUUCACUGUGCAGACAUUUAACAAAGAUUUUUCCAUGAUGGGCAUUUUGAUGGAUGAAUUGGAGAACAUCACUGAAAACGUUUUCCCAGGUUUAAUCAAUGAUUUUAGUACCUACGCUGUGUGCCCAAACUGUUAUUUUGGAAUAUCAGAUUCUCAAAUUGCUCAGAAAGUUGACCAUUUUUGUAUUGAACAAUGUGCCAGUGUUUUGAUGGAUUCUUAUUCUAUUAAAUGCAUUUCCGGCCAUCAAAUCCUUUUAGAAGAUCUUGUGCCAGAAUUAAUGUUGAUGCACAUACCAAGCCAAUUUCUGUUAGACAAAAAUGAAAUUGAGUGUUUAGAUUUCAUAGCCUGUGGUAUAAGUGGUUCUGUAUUUGUCGGCCAGUAUGGAAAACAAAAUGUGGCACUGAAAUUCUACCAACAAAUGACCACCUUGCAUACUUCUAAGGAGAGUCGUGGAAGUUCUUUGCAAAAGUCAUGGAAACAGAAAAGUAUUAAAAAAUUGGUUGAUGCCAGAGACUUCAAAAACAGCGUAAAGGAAUUUAUUGAAGGAAAAUUGUUGCUGCAGAAGCUUCAUGAAUUACAACAUGAAGUUUUGUUAUUGAGUCACCUGAAACACCCUUGCAUCAUUUCACUGGUUGGUUUUAUCCUUCGACCUCUCUGCCUGGUUUUGGAGUUGGCCCCAAUGCGUAGCUUACGCCUUGUAAUCAAUAGCCACAUGAACAAGCACAAUAAGCAAGAAGUUUUAUUUCCUAAGAUGUUAACCUACAGAAUUCUCCUUCAGAUUGCAGAAGGAAUGAACUACCUUCAUCAGAAAGGAAUCAUUUACCGAGAUCUAAAGACUGAUAACAUUUUAGUUUGGUCACUAAAUUUGGAUUGCAAAGUUAAUAUAAAACUUUCCGAUUACAACUUUUCAAGAUACACCAUGUCAAAAGGUAUGAUCACAGCUGCUGGCACCCCAGGCUACCAAGCUCCAGAAAUAUUAGCUAAACAAAUUUACAAUGAAAAGGUUGACAUUUAUGCAUGGAGUAUGGUUGCUUAUGAGGUUCAGUCUGGUUUAAUAUCAUUUCACAAUUUGCAGUCAACAUUCAAAAUUUCAGAAGCAGUAUUGGCAAAAAAGAGACCAAGUCUAAAAAUGCUUGAAAUUGAGUCUAGAUUUCCUUGUCUCGAUGAACUAAUGAUACAGAGCUAUGACCAUUCCCCGUCAAACCGGCCAACAGCUUUGCAAAUUGUUUCUACUAUGAGAAAGAUGUCUUUUUUGUUCCUCAAAAAUAUCAUUCUAGAACCAUUAACCAACAACAGUCUUGAUGCUCAAUUCCUUUUUGAUAAUGACAAGGGUCGUCAAAUGAUUUGGUUAUGGGAAGGCCAAAAUGAAAAGCGCAAAUACUACAUAAUUGAUAAUACAAGCCAAACUGUUAUGCACUCUUCAUUGUUUCCUGGAAGUCAAGUUAUUUGCCAGAUAAACUUCAACAAAAGGAUUUGGUUGGCAACACAGAAUGGAGAAAUUGAAAUCCUUGGAAUUCAAAAUCAAAGAUUUUGGUUGGAAGUUAUUGAGACAUUAAAACUUCCAUGUACAGCAAUGGUUAUGCUAUCACAGGAAGAGAAAUGUCGAGUUUAUGUUGGCUUGUCAAAUGGAGUUCUGAUGAUCUUCCAAAAGAAUUUACAACAAAGUCAAGAACUUGAAUCCGUUUCUUCAUGGGACAAAACAUGUUUAGAACUUUCAGAGUCCUCUCAACCUCUGUUGACUUUGGAUUCUUCAAAUGUUUUACAGUUUGACGUCGUUUCUCGACAACUGCUAUUUGUCUAUGAUUUUGGAGACAUCAAGAUGGUCGGUAAAGUAGCCGAAGCCAAAACCCCCAACAAGAUUGAUGAUGUUGAAGCGGAUGAUUACAAAGGUGAACAGAAUGACUCCUUCGUUCUGUCAAUUCUUUUGGUGGAUGACGCCUUAUGGCCGGCGCCACUUGGAUCCUCAUCACAAGAUUCGCUAUGGUCGAAAAGCGCCACUUGGAUCCUCAUCACAAGGCCGCUAUGGUCAUCGAAAAGCGCCCACUUGGAUCCUCAUCACAAGAUUCGCUAUGGUCAUAGAAAGCGCCACUUGGAUCCUCAUCACAAGAUUCGCUAUGGUCAUCGAAAGCGCCACUUGGAUCCUCAUCACAAGAUUCGCUAUGGUCAUAGAAAGCGCCACUUGGAUCCUCAUCACAAGAUUCGCUAUGGUCAUCGAAAGCGCCACUUGAUCCUCAUCACAAGAUUCAUAUGGUCAUAG